UAAAAAAGGAGAAAUGAUAAAGUAUUCCAUUAUUAAAAAAGGAGUACUUGAAUACCUUGCUUCUAAACGCUUUCAAAUUUGCUUUUUCUUCUUUUCCACAAGCUCCAAAAGUUAUUGGUAUCUACUUCAUUCCCAAUAAUUUGACAGUUAACCAACUUUUUAAUUCAUCAAUCCUCAAAACCCACAUCAAAAAUAUCUUUUUUCUUUCCAUUUUACGUCCUGAUUUAAAAAAGACUCGAUUUUUUUAAACCAAGAAUCUUGUUUUGAGAAGCAAAAGACUCCAUUUUUGUUUGGGUUUUCCAAGUUUCAUUGCCUGUGAAAGGGAGUUUGUAGUAUUUGUGUAAAGAUCGAGUGAUUCUUGAUUUUAGCUAAGCAUAAUAAGAAUGGAACCCCCAAGGGGGUUUCUUGCUUCUUUGUGGAGCUUCAUCUGUUUCUUACCAUACUUCAUUGGCCUCCUUAUUCUUGGUGUCUUGAAAGGUGUCAUUUUGUGCCCUUUGAUCCUCAUUAUAGUCACAGUUGGAAACUCUGCUCUUAUUUUGGGUCUUUGGCCAGUGCACCUGUUCUAUACAUUUUACUGUCUAUGGAGCACAAAACAACUAGGUCCAGCUUUAAAACUUGUGUUAAGCAUAUGUGUCCUUGUUAUUUUACUUUUUUGGCCGUUGAUUGGAUUUGCAAGCAGCGUUGUUGGCGGGGCUGCUUAUGGCUUCCUUUCACCAGUGUUUGGCACUUUUCAAGCUGUGGGUGGAAAGAGGACUAAUGCCUUCUUUCACAGUAUAUAUGAUGGGACUUGGGACACAGUGAAAGGAAGCUUUACUAUUGUUAGGGAUCUGAGGGAUGUUUUAUACCAUUCCUACUUUUCAAUCAUGGAUGAUUUGCGACUUCAAGGACCUCCUGGUGAUAAAUAUUAUGAGAUCAGGUUGCUUUAUAUUCCUUUGGCGCUAAUAGCUGUGGCACUAGGACUCCUGGUUGACAUACCGACGAUCAUAGUAAUUGCUGCCUGCAAAUUCCCUUACAUGCUUAUCAAGGGGUGGCGACGUUUGUUUCAUGAUUGUAUAGGUCGGGAAGGACCUUUUCUAGAGACAAUCUGUGUCCCAUUUGCUGGUCUUGCUAUCUUACUCUGGCCACUGGCUGUUGUUGGUGCAUUCAUUGGAUCAAUGUUAUCAAGUAUCCUGCUGGGUGCUUAUGCAGGAGUAGUUGUAUAUCAGGAGUGUUCUCUUUGGUUAGGGCUUUGCUAUAUUGUUGCUUCCUUGUCCAUAUAUGAUGAAUAUAGCAAUGAUGUGCUAGACAUGCCAGAAGGGUCCUGCUUUCCUAGGCCUCAGUACAGAAAGAAGACUGCAUCAAGAACCAGCUCUCGUGCAGCUUCAUUCUCAAGGCCUGAUUCUUUCAGAAAUCCACCAUCUCGUACAAACUCCAUCAAUGCCCCCAUGGUCGAGUUGAAGCCCCUUGAGCUUCUUGAUGGCCUAUUCAAGGGCUGUCAACGUCAUGGUGAGAUGAUGGUAUCUAAAGGAGUAAUUACACAAAUAGACAUUGAAGAUGCCAAGUCUAAUAAAGACAGUGGUCAAGUCAUUAGCAUUGGUUUGCCUGCCUAUUGCAUCCUUCAGACCCUUAUACAAUCUGCCAAAGCCAACAGUGAUGGUAUCUUGUUAAACGAUGAUGGCACAGAAGUAACUAGCUCAAACAGGCCUAGAGAUACAUUCUAUGAGUGGUUUCUCAAUCCACUCUUGAUCAUCAAAGACCAGAUCAAAGCUGAAAAUCUUUCCGACAGCGACGAGGAGUACCUUGGCAAAUUGGUUUUGUUUAGUGGUGAUCCUGAGAGGUUGAGGAAUUCAAAUAUUGGAUCACCACCUGAAUCUGAACUGAGGCGAGCUGAGUUUGAGGCGUUAGCUCGAAGACUACGAGGCAUCACAAAAUCUAUAUCAAGAUAUCCAACAUUCAGGCGCCGGUUUGAGAGUAGCAUGAAGAUUAUCUUAGAAGAACUGGCCAAGAAGCAUGGUGAUAGUAGACAAUCAGAAGAAUCAGGACCUCAAAAAGUUUCCAGGUCAAAAAGCAUGUUUGCUCGCAUGCUUAGCGAGAAAUCUUUCAGGACCAGAAACGGCAAGAAUGGAUAUGAUCAAGAAGCUCAACUGGUAGAAUCUACUGACAGAGAUGUUGAAAUUCAAUGAUAAUAUGUAUAGUAUUAACCAUUUUCUUCUGUGUAGCUUCGAUAUAGAUGUUAAAAUCUUUUUUGUCCUUGAUGAGAUGAUUGGAUUUGCUUGAGAAUCCUAGCAGGAAUGGGGUUAGGAUGAUAUCUUCUCUGCUGAUGCUUUAGAAUGAGCAUGUUGUAAAAUUGGCAAGGAAGUAAGCCUUCCUCUUUUUUUUUUUUUUUUUUU